CCUCUGACCUCGCCUUCUCGCUUCCUCAGAAUCACCAACCAUGGAGAACCAAUCUUCGGCACCUGCCUCGGCGAGACAGAUUGUCAAUUUCCUCCGAAGCUCCAAUGGCCCAAAGACGAAGCAGGGCGUUCUGAACGGCAAACGACAUGACUACUUCAAAGGCACGGGCGCCGUCAAGGCACUACUGAGCCCGGCCUACCAGAAGGCCGCCUCCGCAAAGAAGUCGGAGCUUCCCAAGGUGACGACGGAGGAGGAGGCGACGACUGUGCUCCACAGCGUCAUUCCCUAUGCUUUCUUCCUCCGCGUCGAUCGAGGCGAGGGCACUUCCAAAGAGGGCAAGCCGCUGCAGGUCAAUCAGAUGCAGAUGUUCAAGGACGAAUAUUAUUACGCGUGGUUCUACGAAGGCUCUCAGCUGCUCCUCCAGCUCUCGGGCGUUGGCAUGAUCCUCCUCAUGCUUGCUGGCGUCAUGUUCCCCCUCUGGCCCGCAUCGAUGCGCGUCGGCGUUUGGUACCUGAGCAUCGGCCUUCUAGGCCUUAUUGGUGCCUUCUUCGGUUUGGCAAUCGUCCGUCUGAUCCUCUGGGGCAUCACCACGCUCACCAUGCGGCCAGGCAUCUGGAUCUUCCCAAAUCUCUUUGAGGAUGUUGGCUUUGUCGACUCGUUCAUUCCUCUCUGGGCGUGGGACGUUCCGCCGCCUAAAAAAGGAAAGAAGGCAAAGGCAAUUGCACAAAAGCCUGCAAACGGAGAAAAGAGCCAGGGCCAAACGGCUGUCGCGAAUCUGCCGGGAUCUGAGAACCGCCCGCAAGCACCGGCGGUCCCCAAGUCUGCUGGGGAAUCGCAGCCGACAGCUCCGAGCUCGCAGGCCGCAAAGGCACCGGCCUCGCAGCAAGGCCCUUCUGAACCGCCUCGAGAGUCAGAGGGCUUGGCCGACUUGGACUGAGUUACAAUCACAACUGUAAAAAAGGGAAAGGGUUCCUGCUCGGGGACCAUAAAGACGCAAUAUUUUAAGGUGAUAAAUACGAUAAUGAAUACAGCAGUGAGCAACACAGCGCACCAAGCCUCAAAGAUGGAGAGGCAAGAUAGAUGGGACAGGGCCCUUGGGGACCACGCGGGUGGGAU